AAAAACGUCAGCGUCUUACAAACAAAGCAUGGAUCCUGUGCAUUGAACUAGAAAAUAUCAAUAUAUUAUAUAGCCAAGUGCUCAGCAUUCACUUUCCCAGCUUGAAGACGGCCUUGCUCUGGAAUGGGAAAAAUUAUAGAAAUCAAUGGUUUUAUUAGGUGAGUUUCAUUAUGAUUAACCAUUAUGGUAAAACUACUGUAUGUACGUCGGUUUCACCAUAUAAAUAUAAAUCGACUUCUCCUAGGCAUCAUUAUCUCUAAUGGAUGCUCUUAAAGCCUUUGUUCUAUACUUGAUCAUGUUGCAUACGUGCAAGAUCACUGCCACUAAUGCCACUUAUGGGGAAUGGAAGACAGCUACUGCAACUUACACCAAAGAAAAAGAUGGAUCAAUCAUUAUAGAAGGAGCUUGUGGGUAUGGAGAUCUCCACAGAGAAACCUAUGGUAAGUAUAGUGCUGGAUUGAGUAGCAUGUUGCUCAACAAAGGGAGUACCUGUGGAGCUUGCUUCGAGGUCAGGUGUGUAAAUCACAUCCUAUGGUGCCUGCGAGGUAGCCCCUCUAUCAUUCUCACUGCCACAGAUUUCUGUCCUCCAAAUUAUGGACUUUCAGCAGAUUAUGGUGGGUGGUGCAAUCUCCCCAUGGAACAUUUUGAAAUGUCAGAGGCAGCAUUCACUGAAAUUGCAGUAAGAAGAGCUGGUAUUAUUCCAGUUCAGUACAGGAGGGUAAAGUGUGAGAGGAAGGGUGGGAUGAGAUUCACAACAAGUGGGAGUUCAAACUUCUAUCAGGUCCUGAUUACAAAUGUAGGAUUAGAUGGUGAAGUUAUUGCUGUGAAAGUGAAGGGAUCAAGAACAGGAUGGAUACCUAUGGCAAGAAACUGGGGACAGAACUGGCAAGCCAAUGUCAACCUUACAGGACAGCCUCUUUCUUUUGAAGUCACUACUAGCAUAGGAAGAACACUCACAUCUUAUAAUGUUGCACCAGCAAACUGGCAAUUUGGUCAGACAUUUGCAGGCAAACAAUUCUAGCAUAAGAGGCUUUCAAGUUCCACUUUGAAAGAUAAGAAACUUGAAAUUUUGAGACCUUGGUGAAAAAAUAUAGUUGUAUUGAAUA